UGACAGUUCUUUUUGAUUCAGCGGUGGUUCUUUUGAGAUCACAAUGGCUAAACCGAAAGGUGAGCGAAAAGGUAAAUCCGCGAUCAAUGAAGUUGUUACGCGUGAAUACACGGUAAAUUUACACAAACGGCUUCAUGGUGUUGGCUUCAAGAGACGAGCACCUCGUGCGAUAAAAGAAGUACGCAAGUUUGCUGAACAACAAAUGGGUACCCCAGACGUUCGUGUGGAUACCAGGCUAAAUAAGUUCCUUUGGUCAAAGGGUGUCAGAAAUGUUCCCUUCAGGGUUCGUGUAAGGCUAUCUCGCAGACGCAAUGACGAUGAGGAUUCAGCACACAAACUAUUCACACUGGUUACCUACGUGCCUGUUGCAUCCAUUAAGGGCUUGCAAACAGAGAAUGUUGACGCUAGCCAAGAAUAAACAUUAAGUUAAGCAUA